AUGCAGCCAGGGAACCCUGGCUUCGGUGGCAACGGAUACGUCCACGAGCCGGUUGUCUUCGGUAAGCCGGAGAAGUCCCGGUACCGCCGAGGAAGAGGAUUGGGUCGCCACCCAUUUAGGGCCAGUUCCUCUUCACCUUCUUAUUUACAGCAGCAAUAUGAAGAGAAGGCAGUUCCCCGCUGUACAGAGUUCGACAUGGCCUACUUCCAGUCAUAUUCCCAUGUUGGCAUCCACGAGGAGAUGAUAAAGGUAAUCUUCAUUUUAUUCUCCCUUCUUUUCUCAUAAAUAAGCCGUCUUCUUUUUUUCUGUUCGAAAAUUCGCUGUCUCGAUUCACUAAUCGGAUUAAAUGAUUAAUUUGUAUUCUCUGGCGUAAGAAUAUUAGUCCGAAUCAGUCUGUGUUGACGUUUAAAUUAGUUUGUAGUACAUUCCUCGUGGAUUGUAUAUUGAAUUCUCGUUCUGAUAGUUUAUAUUAAAAAUGUUGGAAUGUAGUUACACUGCAUAAGGUCAUUUGAGCGACACAGUUCUUCCUUCAGAAAAUAUUUUGUAGGCGUUUAUGAAACAGUAAGGCUAAGCAGACCAUUUCAACACCAGUACAUCUUGAAUAUGCCAAAUAUUCUACGGUUUUUUUAUAAAUAGAAGUAAUGUUCCUUAUUCAAUAUAGGCAAACUUGUAAUUGGGUCAGAGAUUUCUUAGAACUUACUCUGAGUUGUUCGGAAAAAUCAACAGUCACAGUCUUUCAAAAUCUCUGGUACGAUCUAGUAGGACUUGCCCUUCUUCAUACAUUAAUGGAUGCACAUUUAUCUAUAGUUCUCCUGGUUCUUUGCUUUCCAAAUAUUCAUCUUAGGCAACUCAUGGUUAUAGUGGUGUUCGAUACUUGGAUUCUAUAUAACGAAAAUCUUAAGUUAAGAUACAUGGAUUCUUCUUUCGAAGUUUUAUUGCAUCUUUAUCCACGUCACUUUUAAUGUAGCGGUAUUAUUGUGGUAAAGAUUCAAUCAAUACUGUAACAGUGCCUUGUUUUACCAUACGAAGAUUAUUAUCACAAUAGAAAUGCUGUUAGGAGCAAAUGAUUGCCGUUUCAUGCAUUAGACUGGGACAUGAUUUUCUGAUGUUAAUGGUCCUUUUUUGUGUUUUAUGGAGUGUCUUUUUUAUGUUAUAUAAAUACAUAUUUUGGUUAAUGAUGUUCUAAAAUAAAAAAAUGGACUUAAAACGGAAAACAGUCUUAGCUGUCCUAGUAACUUUGAAAUGUGUGUUGAUUAGGGUUUAAGAAGUAGCUCGGUAUCUGUUCCUUAAAAGCUUUGUCUCGAUUAAAGUUAUUUAUAGCCAGUAAGCACUCUACUGUAGAUAAUAUGAUUUUUUUUUUUCUCCCCUUAAUGUAGAAGGUGGAGUAGUGGAGUAUGAGGACGUCUUUCUGACCAACUUUCAUGGCUUUAGGAAGGGGAGAGGAAGUCAAGUUUUUAGAAUACGAUACGACCCCCAGUUUGCCACAUCUGCUGAUUCAAGUGGAUAAUAUGUGUGUUGCUUGAGUGUCUCCCUGUCGUGUGGGUGUCUGGUCCUUUCUGGAAUACGUUGGACUUUAUAUUCUAAUGGGGAUUGGAAGUGGACUGGAAGGGGUAGUGGAUGAUCUUCAGGAGACGUUGCCAACAAUAUCAGCAGUACAGUGGACUUCCUGUUUUGUGAUUGGUUGGGUAGAGGGAACUUGAAAUUUUACAUGAAUGUAUAGGGGAUACCCCAGUAAUAGGAAAUUCUCAGGUGGCACAUAGUAGAGAAGUUGAAGUUGUGAGAAUAUUAGGCUUGUGUGCAUCAACUAUUGAGUAUCUUUGAUUCACCGGGAGUUUGCCCCUCUCUCUCUCUCCCUCCACUUUUCAUUCGUGUUUGUUUGCAUGUCAUGAGAAGACAUGGCUUUGUGAAUGACAUUUCUCCUGUUUGGAACAAAAGAUAUAGUUGACUCUUUGUUUAUUAUUGCAGGAUAAUGUGAGAACUGAAACUUAUAGGGCUGCUAUCAUGAGACAUCAAAACUAUAUCGCAGGCAAGGUACUACGUCUCUUUUAUAUUCUGCUGCUUUCGUGUACAUAUUAUUUAAUAUCUGAAAGAUACUCUUUGCAUCUUACUCGGCCUUACAUGUAGUUUAAUAUGUAUCUGUAGGUUGUUGUUGAUGUUGGUUGCGGGACAGGCAUUCUUUCUAUUUUCUGUGCACUUGCUGGUGCGAAGCGGGUAAGAGGGAAAACAAGUUACAGCAUUAUAUAUGAGCGUUUUACGAUUUUCAAGAAUCAUCUGUUGCAUCUAUUUCUGUGGCUGCCCCUGCGUAGGUGGAUUUUUUAUCUUAACAAUGAGUUGUUUGAGAUUUAUAUAUCCACUGUGCCAUAGUUUCGUCGGUACUUCUGUUCGUUAUCAACCCAUGAAUAUUGGAAACGUCUGUGAGAACUAUGCUAGAUAUUUUAUGAUUUAACCGUUGAAGUAAAGAUUGGGAUUGGUAUUUGGCUCGUUGUCUUUUAAUGAUUAAAUAGCUUGAAUGCUAGCCAGUGCUGGGGAAUCCACUUUAGGUAGAAUUUAUAAAGUAGGUAUGGAGCUGCUUUUAGGAAACUAGCUAUGCUGUCCUUUUGGAACUGACACCGAGAGUCAUAUGAAUCCUAACACAUAAUCAUAAUCACUGUGGGAAUCUUUUGAAUGGUGCCCCCGUUUAGAAGCACACUGCUGAAAUCACUUCCUCGAUUCAGUUACUAGUGCCAAAGUCACUUCGUAUUGUUAGAAAGGCCUGCUAUGAUGAACAUACUUUUCUAUCAAGCAGUAUAACCCUUGUAAGGAAUACAGUGAAUCUAUGAGUGCACUCUUUUCAAAUCAUGUAGGAAUGCUGAGGAAUCAAAAUUUUUGGUAAACAAAACCUGCGUUUGGUUUCAAUUUACUUCUGAUAUCAUUGAUGCACUCUUGAGAUUGAUCUGACCACUUUGCCGCUUUAGCUUGUACCUUAAUGUUUAUAGUGACACAUCAAGAUAGUGAUUACAUGUAAAUCUUGUUGUCAUUUGGUAAUAGUGAAUAAAAAAUGAACUUUUCCUGUCUCCACGCUUUUGGCACUACAGAAUGGGGCACUUAGAAUAGAGGAUUUGGUGCUACUUCAACCUUAUUCUUAUAGACAUGAAAUUGGUCUGCAGGUUUACGCAGUAGAUGCAAGUGAGAUUGCUGUUCAGGUAAUUAUGCUUUGCAUCCGAAAUACUAUGAUCUAGAAGCUUUCAGAGUGGGACACGCCACUUUAAAGCUAUUUCUUUUUUGGUAUUUUCUGUUGAUCUGGGUUUGAUUGUUUCUGUUGAUUAUUCUGUGUGAUUUGCGGUUGUGUAUUUUUUGUUCCUAUACGUAGAUGAUUUCAUUCAAGAUAAUUUACUAUACUUCGUGGUAGUGUUUUCUUUGAUUGCUCAAUUCCGGUUCCAACCUGUCCACAAGAGUGCAAAUCUCAUAACAAUAAGCCUAUCUCUUAAUUCUGUUUAUAACGAUUAUUGACUUACUUAAAUUUCUAUAAGUAUUGAUCGUUUCUAACUUCAUUUUUUACUUGAUUAGUUUCUUCUGCAUGAUUGUCUUGGUAUCUUCUUUUAUUUUUUGUAGGUCUUGUCCACAUUUUCGAUUUUUUUCCGUUUCUGAGCGACCACUUUUCCAGGACACAUUUAAGUGCUCGUCUUUUUUUUUUUUCUUUUUUUAAUGGAGGGAAGAGCUAUUGGUGCUUGAUUUUGUUUAGUAUCUACUUAUGUGGCGAUGCUGAAAUACACUUUUCCGCGUUUGAAGAAAUGUCUACUCUGCUAAUAAAUUUACUCGCCCUUCUCUCAUAUCUGCCUCCUGUAAAUCAUGCCAUAUCCAUUCCGGAAGCCCUCAAAAAUACCUGCUGGCUAUUUUCUUUAAAUGUUUACAAAAUUAAAGAUAAGUACAGAACGCCUCGCACUCUCUCCUUGGUCAGUUCUUUCCCUUUCCUCAUUCCAUCCGAGCUUUUUAUGAUCAAUACAAUUAUUACACGAGAAUACUGCUGAAUGCAAGUAUUCCAGACAAUUUCCACUCUAUUGCCUGAUGGUUAUGGAUUCGAUUUCAGUGUCUACAGUUAAAUAUUUGUCAUAUGGAAGCGACAUUUUGACUUUCAUCUCCUUUGUCGUUAUUCAAAGGAACAAUUUAAGAGCUUGCUGAGAUAUUUUUUCUUGGAAAAGGAAAAUGCCUAGUAAUUCACCUAUCAAAUCGGAACUUUUUUAUACAAUUUCGUUGUUGUCCAUGGGAAGAUUUGAUAUUGCAAAUAAAAUACUAACUUUCAAGCGUUGUUUCUGAGAUGUUUUUGAUAGGCCAGUGAAGUCGUAAAGGCAAAUAAUCUAACUGACAAGGUCAUUGUUUUGCAUGGCCGGGUAGAGGUAAAUCAUUUGACCGCUUUUUUCCAUGAGUUUAUCCUGUUUUUAGCAUUUAUCAUUACUUUCUGUUGCUUUUUGCCUAAGUUUCGAUUUUUAGAAUUUGUUAAUCAGUUCCAAAAGUUUUUUGCUGUAAAACGGAAAAACAUUUAAAAUAGUGCUUACGACAUUGACUUUGGAAUCUCAAGUGAGGUCAGGAUUUAUAAAAUUGACUUUGGGCAUGUCUUUUGCCAACUUAUUUUUCAUGUUGUCCAAUUUUGCUGAUCGCUUUAGACGAAAGCAAGGGGUGAUAAUUCGUGACAAUACUGUGGGAUAUUGACGUGCAGCUUGCUGUUGUGCUUGCUUUCAUGAAUCACCUCUUUUAGUUGGUGUAAUGGUCCCAAAAAGGAAGUUAAGGAGGUGGUCAUUCCUUGAACACCAACUUGCUUAGGCGUGCUAGGUACACGAUUCUAGCUGCAAUUGCCAAUCCUAUGGCAUGGGAAACCACAGCCAAACAGUUGCCAUUUAUAUUUGCACGUAUUCUAGAUACAAACGUCCCUGUCAAUGUGGAUGUGUUCAUUCGUUCGUGAAUAUGUGUCACAUAUUGCAAUCGUGUUGAAUGUUGACUCCAUAUCACGUGCUAUUCAUGGUAUCCAUGUGCACUUCCCUGGUAGUCCAUGGUAAGUGGUCACUGGAUUUCCAUCUAGUGGUUGCUGCUAAUGUGUGGCAUGCUGCAUGAAAAUGCGUAGCCUCUCUCUCCCUCCCUCCCUCUCUCUCUCAUUAUAUGUACUUUUUUGUCUAUAUAUUAACAUAUGGAUACCCACUCUACAUCAACAUACAUUAAGAAUGUUAAGAUGGUGCAAUUUAUUAAUAUUGCUAUGCACAUAAUUUCUAAAUGUUGCUUCCCUUUAUUUAUCGGACAUGAAUGCUUUUCAUUUCGUAACAUGAUUUGAAUCUCUGAUGAAUUCAGGAUGUUAACAUAGAGGAAGAAGUUGAUGUCAUAAUUUCUGAAUGGAUGGGGUACAUGCUUUUAUAUGAGGUGAAUACAUUCUCUUUCUUCUUUUAUGAUUCUUUUUAUCCAAAAAGAUUAUUAAGCCAGAAAUCGAUGAGACUCUUCUUUAAUCGGUCUACUUAUUUCCCACGGUGUUUCCUUUGUUUUGGCUACAGAGUAUGCUUGGUAGUGUAAUUACUGCAAGGGAUCGCUGGCUCAAAGCAGGAGGGCUUAUUCUUCCGUCACAUGCCACAGUAAAGAUUCUCAUCCUGUUAAUAUUUUUGUGCAUUUACAUACAACAAAGAUGGACAGGGCAACACUUCUACGCGUUACAACUGUUAAUAUUAAAAAAGGCAGGAUCCAACCCUCUACGCAUGCAUGAUUAUGGUAUGCGGUGGAAAUUUCACUGUGGAAUUCCUAAACAGACACAAUUAGAUAAGUGCUUCAUUUCACUUUGGAAUCCCUGUUAAGUUUUAUUCACGAACUGCUUAAGCAGGUUUUUGGUCAUUAAUUGAGCUUGGUGGGCAGAAUAUGUUCUGCAUUCUGAUGUUGGUUAACCUAAUGCUUCCAUAAAGGAUUCCCUAACGUAUGAUGUUGUUGUUUUUACAUCUGAGCGUCACGAUUAACAAAUUACUGAUAAUAUUUUUAUACUUCUGCAACCACCAAUUGGUAAGAGUUUCUUCAUGGAAAGGUUUUUAUUGUCUCAACUGUUAUAAAUGUUUAUCCCAUGACUUAUAAGGAGGAUUUGGAUUUGAGAGUUGAACUGCGAUUCUGAAUCUUUCACAACAAUAUGCUUCUUUAAUAUGGCCAAUGAAGUCUUGUGCCAAUCUUCCAAGGAAUCAUGUCAUGAUUCUCUUUGUAGUUCACUCAUUUGAAAUGUUGAUGACUGGUGAGCUUUCUACGUUCAUACUUCAUAUUCAAAUCUUAAGUAGUGGUUAAUGACCGCUCUGCUGUUGCAGUUGUACAUGGCACCAGUUACCCAUCCAGACAGAUACCGUGAAAGCAUUGACUUCUGGCGCAACGUUUAUGGCAUUGAUAGUAAGUAAUCAACCAAUAUUUUGACGCUUUAACUGUGAAUGAGUGAGCAUAUGCUACAUUAUCGCCAUGACAUGAAUUCUGACAUGAAUGAGUCAGCGUUGCGAAGGAAAGAGGCCCAUUGAUCACAAAUUACUGUCUCCUUGUAAAAGAGAUUCAUAACCAGUAAGCUGCUAACAAAAUACGUGCUAUCUCAUGGCAAGUUCUGAACUGAAGGCUGCAGAAAACAGAGUAUUGAGGAUCAGCAGUACCCAGUCUUUUUGUUUCUUCCUUUGCCAGAUGGUGAUGUUGUGGUCAGGGGGGCAGUGUUAGCCUGCCCAGAAUUAAGAUGUCAGAGUUAGCCUGGAAUCACCUGAUUCUUUUUUCGGGCAGAGAACACUACUUCCUACUAAUUGACAAGUGAACUUUUAAAAAAAAAAAAAAAAGAUAGGAAAAAAAGCGAUAUUCUUGUAUGUUUGGGGAAAACUGCGAGAGACCUUUCUGAUAUAUAUUUCCUUGGUUAUAUUUCCCUGAAUUGACACGUGUUUUCCAAAUACUGAGUUGACUUGAAUUGGUGAUCGUCCUUGGUUGGUUUCAGUGUCUGCUAUGUUACCACUCGCAAAACAGUGCGCAUUCGAAGAGCCGUGCGUUGAGACAAUAACGGGCGAGAAUGUUCUCACUUGGCCUUUUGUGGUGAGUCCCUUGAUUCUUUGCAUGAUGCUUCCAACAUGAGACUCUCAAUUUAAAUGUCAUAUUAUAAUUAUUAUUAUUAAUUUACUCUCAUAUGUUAUGAAAUGAGUACUGAGCAGAAUGCAAGACUUUUUCUGGCAUCAUCUGGCCAUUGCAUGCCCAGUGGAUUACAGAAAUAGAUGAUCUCUUCUUUGAAAGGAACCCUAACAGUUGUUGACUUUUAAAUUACUGAAACGAAGAGAAGCAAAUAUAGAACCAAAUGUAGAAGAUGAAGGGAGGAAUUAUUGCGGAUAAUAACAUAGACAGAAAAAUAGUGAAAUUGUUUGAAUCUCAUUCGAAAAAAAUCAUCCUUAGCAGAUUUACAUGUUCUUCUAUCUGCCUAAUGUCUUCCACAAUUUUUCACUAUGCUUUCUAAAGUGAAAGUUAUAAUUUCGAUUCAUGAGCAGGUGAAGUACGUGGAUUGCUACACUGUCACAAUAAAAGAGUUGGAGUCUGUUACAUCCAAGUACAGAUUUGAGUCCAUGAUGCGAGGUAUGGGCCUGUUCAUCGUCUUAUAGUUUAUGUACCCGCACCCUUGUGUUAAAGCUUGAUGUUUGACCUUUGCUGCAAUGGGAGCUAUAUUGCUUAAUGUGCAUGUUAGAACUGAUAAAGGGUAGCUCUAGUUUUUUCGGAAUCUCGAGGAUGACCGGGGCUUAUUAUCACCUGUCAUUUAGUCCUAAUUAGGAACUUGACGAUAGCUCCCUUUUUACAAAGGUUCUUCAUUACUUCUGGCCGAUUUUCCCUCUCCGAGGUGACUUUCUUUGUAAACCAUACCUUGUGAUGCCCAUUGCAAAACCACAUAGGGUGAGAUUGUUUCAAAACCCAUAUGGUAAAAUUGAAAGCCCAAUGUUACCCAUAUGCGCUCUCUCGCUCUCUCUCAUCAUGAAAUCUUCCUGAGUAUAAACUAUAUUAUGGUUUAUGUUCAUGCGGUCAGCCUUGGCUGGACUUGGCUCUUUAGAGCUUCUAGUUUUUUUGUGAUGCCACCGGUGACUGAGGAAGCAUCAUCGGUUUCCAUGCUCUUGUGUUUCUUCUCCCAGCUCCUCUUCACGGGUUUGCUUUCUGGUUCGACGUGGAAUUCAAUGGCCCGGCCAUUUUCGCGAGCAACCACUUGCCAUACCCCUCUCAAAGCUCCUCCGCCGACCCCAACCUCAACGGCUCGGAUCAGAGGAAGAAGAGAGCGAAGUCCGACGAGGCGUUGAUCCUGUCCACGGCUCCCGAGGAUGCCCCCACACACUGGCAACAGGUACGCCCCCUCCGUUUCUCCUCCUACCGAUUCUCUAUUGCUCUCUAAUCACGGCGGCCCCCGCUCCCCGCAUUGCUCCAGACCUUGAUCUAUUUCUACGACCCGAUUGAGGUCCAGCAAGAUCAGAUCAUAGAAGGCUCCAUAACCAUCUCCCAGAGCAAAGAGAACUCGAGGUUCUUGAACAUUCACCUCGAGUACGCGUGAGUAUUCGAUUAUCCCCAAGCACCAUUCCAGUCUUCUUUCCUGUUUUCUGUCUGAGAAGUGAUGGGGGAUCCCCGUGGUGUGCUGGGUUUCUUCUAUGACUUGCUGUCGCAGAUCUGGCGGGCGAUCCUACGUGAAGGAGUCCGUCAUGAGGUGA